UAUCAACCCCACACUCUUUCUCUCUCUCUCUCCUUUAUCAAAAUUAAGCAGUCGAUUCUUUCUUCUUCCCCGUCGUUUGAUUUGCUCCUGCAAGACUUUUGCUCUUUCAACCUUAUAAUUUCAUGGAGUCAGAGAUGACAAAACAGGUAAGUUCUUUCACCGUCCAAGUCCUGCCUGCACCAGAACCAGUACCAAAAUCGUUAAGCCCACCGCCGAGGGGUUUCUUCAUGGCACAAAUUGGUCUCAGAAUUCUAGCAAUUGCAUUUACAUUGGCCGCAAUAUGUAUAAUCGUCACGAGUGCACAAACAGUGACAAUAUUUGGGAUUGAUAUGCGAGCCAGUUACACCUACUCUUCUGCGUUCAGGUUCAAAGUUGGGGCAGAUGCUGUUGUUUGCGCUUGCUCUUUGCUGUCACUUAUCGUUGUUUGUGUGAUGAACCGUCCGAAAUCAAAUACCCAAAAUUACUUCUACACCCUUUUGCAUGAUAUGGUGAUGAUGGUGUUGGCGAUAUCGGGAUGUGCUGCGGCAACUGCAAUCGGCUACGUGGGUCGUUAUGGACAAAGCCAGACAGGUUGGAUAGCCAUUUGCGAUCGCGUGGGUAAAUUCUGUGACAAAGUGACGCUGUCCGUUUCGCUAUCUUACUUGGCCGUCUUUUGCCUCUUAAUGCUUACAAUCAUGGAUGCAUACAAGCUCAAGUCUCUGCCCACGGAAUGAACUUCCAUGAAGCUCUGGCAAGGAGUUUAUAAUCGACAAAGAGGGGAUCGAGCUUCAAAAUUAUCACAGCAAAUCAAUGGCUGCUGCUCUGUUUUUUCUUCUAGAUUUCUACUUUCCAUAUGUAAUAGAUUUGCAUGCAGGAAAUUAGUGUAAGAAUGUGUAUUUAUGUUCGGAUACAUAAGUAUUUCCCUUGCCAAUAAUUAUCUUUUAUG